UUAUAUAAACUUGAUAUGUACUGACGGAUAAAUUUUAAGUUCAUUAUCAGUCUUGUGUUUGAUUUGAUCGGACAAUAUGGUGUGCUAUAGUGCAUUCUUAGUCAUUUUAUUUUUUAGGAGCGUACUCUCUGAUGGAGGUUCGUUACUUAUAGCAUGCGAAGUGGAUGAUACUGAGUGCCUUAGUAAAACAACGCAGCAAUUUUUGGAGAAAACCUGUAAAGGAAUACCGGAAUAUGAUAUUAAACCUAUUGAUCCACUAUUCGUGCCCAGUAUAGAUAUCGUGUUAGGCGACGAAGCUGAAACAGUAUUGCAUUACAAAAAUGUUACGAUAACUGGCUUGAAGAAUCAACAGUUUUCUGAUUUUAAGAUGGACACAAAAGAAAAAUCAGUCGUAUUACAAACUCGAGUUGAUUUGACUAUGGUCGGUGAUGUUACCAUUGAAUUGAGUAAAAUUUCUAAAUCAUUUAACGGCGCUUAUACCAUUAAAGGAACUGCAUUAGGAACGGCGAAGUACAGCUAUGACUUCAAAGUAGAUGACAAAGGUGUGGAACAUUACGAAGUUGGUCCGGAAACACUGUCGUGCCAAGCUGUGAAUGAACCGGAAGUAACUAUUAGCUCAGAAUUACGUCAAGCGUUACAAGACGACAAAGAUCUCAAAGACAAAAAACAGAAAUACAGUUCGAAACGAAAAGAAAUCCAACAGAAUGUAUUCUGUAAGAUCGUGGAAAAGGCAUAUGUCACCGUCGUGCACAACAUUCGAGCGGCUGCGAAAAUUCUCCCUAAAAGUGCAUUUUUAAAAGGAGUUUGAGUGAAAAUAUUUACACGUCCAAGUGCUGUGUUCGCAUCAUCUCACUGCAAUAUACAAUAAAGGAUGAACGGUCAAAAUAUAACUCAUACUAUAAAUAACUAAUUUUUAAUUUUUAACAUCAAUUAUUAAAUAUAAAUGAUAAUUAAAGUAUUUGGUGUGCUUAUUUAUUCGAAAAAAUACAUCGCUUCUUCCUAU